AUGAACCAGUGUGUACCAAGCUGGGAACUAGAUGACUCCCCUCCUCAUCUAAACCUUGCUCUUUCCUCUCACUCUAACUCCAAUAAUUCCUUUGUCACUGAUGUCCCCUCGAUGGAUUACGAAGUAGCAGAGCUAACGUGGGAAAACGGACAACUAGCAAUGCAUGGUUUAGGUCCUCCACGCGUGCCUAAUAAGCCUUUGUUAGGCACGUGGGAUAAUAAGAUGCCACAUGCUGGUGGCACACUUGAAUCCAUAGUGAACCAAGCCACUGGCAUCCCUCCUCGUCAACAGAAAUCUGGCACCGUUGAUGGGGCUGGAGACGGAGAUAGAGGGGAUGAUCUCGUCCGUUGGUUCGAUAAUUGCCUUGCUGACACUCAGACAGCCACGACCACUAUGGCCGUGGAUGCCUUGGUGCCAACAAAUUCCACUAACACUGGAAACUCUCAUCAACUAGAGCCCAAGUGCAUAGCUAGCCGCUCCAUACAUGUUGCAUCAUGCAGUGGUGUGGCCAACAGAACAGACGAGGAGAUGAAACGUGCGAAAACGGGAGCAAAAGACUUGGAGAUCACCGAGUCUCUCAGGAAGGGAGAGGUUAAGAACUUGAUCGAGUCGCUAUACGAGGGACAUAACAUGGCUGACCGGAGUGUAAGCCGGAGAGACACCAUUGAAACGGGCGAGAGGCAUUUGGGUGAGGAAAGGCUUACGUCAACAUCUAUGGCGUCGCCUGAUCGGAGCACCUCUAAGCUCGGCAGAGCUCAGGAUGAGGAUGAGAAAAAAGGAUCCAAAAUUUCCUUAUUUUCAACAAAAAGGAGCAGAGCUGCUGCUACUCACAACCAGUCUGAACGAAAAAGAAGAGACAAGAUAAACCAAAGGAUGAAGACAUUGCAGAAGCUAGUUCCAACUUCUAGUAAGACUGAUAAGGCAUCAAUGCUGGAUGAGGUGAUAGAAUAUUUGAAGCAACUGCAAGCUCAAGUUGAUGCCAUGAGCAAGAUGAGACAUGUUAACAUGUCCCCUGCUAUGAUGUUGCCAAAUAUGGCAUUGCAGCAACAACAUCUUCAAAUGUCAAUGGCGGCACAAUCUGCCAUGGGAAUGGGAGGAAUGGGAAUGGCCCCCAACAUAACUGCAAUGCCUUCGGUUCUCCAUUCCACCACGGCCUCUUUCAUACCUAUUGGAGAUAGCAUAACUGCAGCCUCAGCAGCUUCUGUUGUCCCAGAUCCUUUAGCUUCCUUCCGGCUCGCUUGCCAAUCACAGCCUAUGACGGUGGAUGCUUAUAGAAGGAUGGCAGCGUUGUACCAGCAGCAAUAUCUACAGUCCCAUGCAAACCUAGGCUUUAAAAAUUGAUGUAUAGAAGUGUGUUAAAGUUUGCAUAACUUUUUUUCUUGAUCAAUUCCAAUAAGAUUGACGAUGGCCUAUUGACAUUGUCAAAUGCUAAGUUCAACAACUGAUUUGGUGUUACAUUCGACACUUGCUGAAGAAACGUAGUAGAAUAUGUAAAUGCGAUUUUAUUCUUAUUUUUAAUUCUUUGACAGCUUAACAGCAGACAAAGUGUA